UUGAAAAAAUAGAAAAUAUUAUUAAAAUAUAACUCUUCACUCGUUUAUAUGGUCACUAGAACACUACAAGAGAAAAGAAAGAGAAAGUCAUGGAAGAUUUCGAAAGAGAAAAAGCACUACAAGCUUUUGAUGAAACAAAACUUGGUGUUAAAGGACUUGUUGAUGCAGGUAUCACCAAGGUCCCUCGUAUCUUCUAUCAUCCACCUGAUAACACCAAAAUUGCAUCAGAUUCGGAUGAUACAAAAAACUUUGCUAUUCCUGUCAUAGAUCUUGCUAACAUUCACCAAGAUCCAUGCGCACGCAAAAUAGUUGUUGAAAGUAUUAGAGAUGCAUCAGAGACACUUGGCUUUUUUCAGAUCGUAAAUCAUGGCAUCCCAGUCAGUACUUUGAAGGAAAUGAAAGAUGGAGUGAUACGAUUUUUUGAGCAAGAUAGUGAGUUUAAGAAGAAAUUUUACACUCGUGAACAAAAAAAUUCCUUUAUAUAUACAAGUAAUUUUACUCUAUAUACCUCAGAAUCAGCUGCUUGGAAAGAUUCUUUCCUUUGUAACAUGGCUCCUAAUCCCCCUCAGAGAGAAGACCUGCCAGCUGUAUGCAGUGAUAUACUGUUGGAAUACUUGAACCAAAUAAUGAAACUAGGAACUUUAUUGCUGGAGUUACUUUCAGAAGCUCUUGGACUAAAUUCAAGCUAUUUAAAUGAUAUUGGUUGUGCUGAGGGGUUAUUUGCUUUAGGCAAUUACUAUCCACCAUGUCCUGAACCAGAAUUAACUUUGGGAACUCCAAAACAUGCUGACGUUGAUUUCAUCACUGUGCUUCAACAAGAUCAUAUAGGUGGCCUCCAAGUUCUUCAUGAGAACAUGUGGAUUGAUAUACCUCCACAACCUGAGGCUCUAGUUAUUAAUAUUGGUGAUUUUCUGCAGCUUAUCUCAAAUGACAAAUUCAAAAGUGGUGAGCACAGAGUAUUGGCAAAUCGUGUAGGUCCAAGAAUCUCUAUUGCAUGUUUCUUUAGUACUCGUCAUCAUCCAUCUACAAGGAUUUACGGUCCCAUCGAGGAACUUUUGUCCAAAGACAAUCCUGCAAAAUAUAGAGCAACUUCAAUUUCAGAUUUUGCAAUUCAGUACACAACAAAACGUAUGAAAGGUGCUUCUCCUCUGUUGAAUUUCAGAAUUUAAUUAGCACAAAUCAAGUGAAAGUGAUUAUGUAACCUUAUACUUUCGGUGUAUAAUGAUUCAAAUUCUGGAACUUUUACUGGCUAAUUAGUUUCUUGAGACAGAAUAAGAAAAACAAUUUUUCUUGAAAAAUAAUUUGGUACGAUCUAUCAGUAGAUUAAAUAUGUUGAAUGAUUUUUUUU